GUGAGCGCGCACUAACAGGGGCCCUGUGAGAAAUAGCUCUUUAUUGUAAGAACAUUAGGCUUGCCCUUGUAGUGUCACAGACUCACAGUGACCUUACUCUGCCGGUGUCCGUUCGCUUCUUGCCCAUUUCCACUUGUACAACUGUGUGUUUGACCAGUGAUUAUUUCUCCGACGGUGCGAAGCUGUCUUCAUUCAUCUAAAGAUUUCGCCUGUGUUCCUUUCAGCUUGCCAAAUACAAGGGGUAUCUCCCUCCUGACUGCGGGCGGAGACUGUGCUCAUCAUGUCUGAUAAACCAAACAAUUUCCCACCUCUUCCUCGCUUCAUACCUCUCAAGCCAUGUUUCUACCAAGAUUUUGACACUGACAUUCCAGAUCUGCACCGGACCACUGCCAAACGUCUAUACUACUUGUGGAUGUUGAAUAGCAUCACUCUGGGCGUGAAUCUAAUUGGUUGCCUGGCGUGGUUGAUUGGAGGAGGCAGCGCCACUAAUUUUGGCCUGGCAUUUCUGUGGCUGAUACUUUUUACUCCCUGUUCCUAUGUCUGCUGGUUCAGACCUAUUUACAAAGCUUUCAAGACGGACAGCUCAUUUAAUUUUAUGGCUUUCUUCUUCACGUUCACCGGUCAGCUGGUGAUCAGUAUAAUUCAAGCUGUUGGCAUCCCAGGCUGGGGGGUUUGUGGCUGGAUUGCUACAAUCAGUUUCUUUGGCACAAGUAUUGGAGCUGCAGUGGUAAUGCUGAUCCCAACCAUCAUGUUCACUGCUGUGGCUGUCCUCUCUUUUGUGGCACUGACUAAGGUUCAUAGGUUUUACAGGGGCGCAGGAGGCAGUCUUAGCAAGGCACAAGAGGAAUGGACAACAGGCGCUUGGAAAAAUCCUCAUGUACAGCAGGCAGCUCAGAAUGCCGCCUUUGGGGCCGCUCAAGGUGCCAUGACACAGAAUGAUCCUCAGUACUCAGCAACGCCAAAUUAUGGCUACUCUAACCAAAUGUGAGGCAGUUUAAGAACCGGCAAACAUACAUUCCUUGGGGCAGAAGGUUCAUUCCUACCCCCUGUGCCCUUGUAGCUAAGAUGUCUUUUCAGUCCUCCUGUUUACCUUUUAAUAUGGUGCGUAAGUAAUUGUGGUUGUAUGUGCGUGUCCCAGAGAGAAUGUGCCCCUGCCUACAGCAGAAUUGCCUAAGGGUAAUGUUACUGUUUAUAUGCAAAUAGUAGAAUUGGAAUGGAAGUCAAAAGCAUUACAUUUUAGGGGCCACUAUAGCUUAAUAUAUCCCUGCUAAAUUGUGCUUAUUACAAGGGAAUAUGAAUACUGCAAAGUUUAUCGCUAUAUGAGCUUUUAGAACACUUGAGUUGUCUCUGUGAGGCGUAUUCUAUCAGACCACUUGCUUGAGCUGUUAGGUCAUGCCCCUUUAGGUUCUUAUAAAGAAAUUUUAGCAGAAUAGUAGAACCGUUGGAGGUUAUAUAGAAGUCUGAAACAGUUAAGGUUAGGCAAGCUAAGCCAGUGCCACUUUCAUAGAAGGUGUAUGGGAGGUAAAGCAAAAGGAAAGGUAUUUCCAGUAAACAGUUACAAAGUGAAAGCAAAAACUGAAGGCACAGAGGGCUUUUUAAAUGUGAUUUCCUAAGCACAGACCUUUCAGUAUACAGUGUACAGAGUGUACUAUUAAAUAGUUUCAUAAUAGAAAUAGUUUGGAUUUAACUGGGCACUUAACUUACAUUUUAAUCCCCUGCAACAAAUGACUACGGGACUAUAAUAUGGUGCUUUUCCUCCAUACAUAAAAACUCUGUGGGCCUUUAUUGUUUGUGAACAUUUUCAAGCUUAUUUAGCAAACACAUUUGUUAUUGUGUUUGCUGUUAUGCCAGUGCAAUCACUGGUUGUGCUGUUACAGUAGCCUUCAUAAAAAAA